AUGUCUCGUCUGGCUCCCUAUGCUGAACAGCACAAGCACGUCACCGGCCCCGGAGAUGCCCGUCCUACUGCCAUUCAAGUCGUUGAAGACCAAGACCUCGUCGGGAAAUGGGCCGGAAAAGUAGUCGUCGUUACCGGCUGCUCCCCCGGCGGCAUUGGCCCCGAGACCGCUAGAGCCCUCCACGUCACCGGUGCCGACGUCUACAUCACCGCCCGUGAUGUUGCCAAGGGCGAGGAAGUCGCCAAAGACAUUCUCUCUGACGGCAAGCCCGGAAAGGUCGAGGUCAUUGAAUUGGACCUCGGCUCCCUUGAAAGUGUGAGACGGGGUGCCAAGGAGAUUUUGAGCAGGUCUGACAAGUUGAAUGUGCUCAUCAACAAUGCUGGCGUCAUGGCCUGCCCCAAGGGAAAGACCGUCGAUGGAUUCGAAACUCAGUUCGGGACCAACCACCUCGGCCACUUCCUUCUCUUCCAGCUCCUGAAGCCGACCCUUCUGGCCUCCUCGACCCCUGAAUUCAAUUCCCGCGUGGUUUCCGUCUCAUCAUCGGCCCACCGCCAGGGCAGGAUCCAGUUUGAAGACUUCAACUUCGACCAUACCGUCGAGUACAAACCCUUCGCGGCCUACGGCCAGGCCAAGCUCGCCAACAUCCUGUUCGCCAACGAGCUCGACCGCCGCUACGGCUCCAAAGGCCUCCACGCCCUGAGCCUUAUGCCUGGCGGCAUCCGGACGCCGCUGCAGAGGCACGUGCCCGAGCUCUUGGAUCAGCUCGAGGACCCGGAGAUCGGCAAGUGGAUGAAGACACCCGAGCAGGGCGCCGCGACAUCCGUCUGGGCCGCGGUCGCCAAGGAGUGGGAGGGCAAGGGCGGCAAGUACCUCGACGACGUCGCCGAGGCCGACAAGGUUGCGUCUGAGGGCUGGAGUGCCAGGCCCGGGUAUGCGCCGUCUGCGUACGACCCCGCAACCGAAAAGAGGCUGUGGACGGAGAGUCUGAAGUUGGUCGGACUCGAGGAUGAUGCUUGA